GGGGAGUCUCCCCGUUUCUCCCUCUCCCUUCCCCGAGGCCCCCUGGCCGGGUCAAUGGCAGUAUGUUACCAGUGCCAGUUGCCGGUGCUGCCUCUCGACCGGCCGGUGCCCAAGCAUGUCCUGAGCCGCCGAGGGGCCAUCAGCUUCAGCUCCAGCUCGUCUCUCUUCGGCUGUGCCAACCCCAGGCUCCUGUCGCAGACCUUCACAAACUCCUCUAAUCUUUGGAUCCCUUCAUCUGCUUGGGGAGAAUGCUUCCUGGAGAGACGAGGGGCAAUAUCUUACGACAGCUCAGAUCAAGCUGCUUUGUACAUUCGUAUGUUAGGAGAUGUACGAGUGAGGAGUCGAGCAUGUUUUGAACCAGAAAGAAGAGGCUCUCAUCUUUACAUUGACUUCCAUCUUUUGCACUUACCACCAGAAUCAGAAGGAACCACUUCAGUAAGGAAGAUCAAAAGACUGUUGAGUUUUCAACGAUAUUUUCACACCCAACGUUUCUGCCGUGUCAUUUCUUCUCAGAAUUUUCUUUCCAUCAUCGACAUUGACUGCAGUGGCCAAGCCAAGUGUAUGCUAGAAAAAGUUGGAACUUGGAAAUUUGACAUCUUUCGUUUUCACCAAAUGACAAAUGGAAACAGUUUAGUUGCUUUGACCUUCUAUUUGUUUAAGUUGCAUGGCCUCAUUGAAUAUUUUCACUUGGAUGUGGUAAAACUACGGAGGUUUUUAGUUAUGGUUCAAGAAGACUACCAUCAAAACAACCCUUAUCAUAAUGAAGUGCAUGCUGCUGAUGUAACUCAGGCCAUGCACUGUUACUUAAUGGAACCUGAGUUUGCCAAGUCUCUUUCCCCAUGGGACAUUCUGAUAAGUUUGCUGGCAGCUGCCACACAUGAUGUGGAUCACCCAGGUGUUAACCAACCUUUCUUAAUCAAAACCAGACACUACUUAGCAUGUUUAUAUAAGAAUACCUCAGUGCUAGAAAACCACCAUUGGAGGUCAGCAGUGUGCAUGCUUCAAGAAACUCAGUUAUUUUCCCAUCUUCCAGUUGAAGACAACUUUCUAAUAGAACGCCAGUUGGGCUCCCUAAUUCUUGCCACAGACAUAAACCGCCAGAUUGAGUUUUUAACAAAGUUUCGAAUUCACUUGGAUGGGGAAGGAGUAACGUUGGUUGAUGCUGGCCAUCGACAUUUCAUGCUGCAGAUAGCUUUGAAAUGUGCAGAUAUUUGUAACCCAUGCCGGGCUUGGGAACUGAGUAAGCAAUGGGGUGAAAGAGUCUCUGAAGAAUUCUUCCAUCAAGGGGAUGUUGAAAUGCUGCACAAACUGGAUGUAAGUCAACUGUGCGAUCGCCGUAUAGCAACGGUAGCCAAAAUUCAAGUUGAUUUCAUAACGUAUGUAGUGGAGCCUCUUUUUGCAGAGUGGUCAAGAUUUUCCAACACCAUUCUGUCACAGACUAUGCUUGGACACCUGAGGUUGAAUAAAGCUACCUGGAAGGAAAUACUGCAUCCACAGGCCACCGGUGGAAAUGUCACAGAUGCUACUUACGGAAAAACAAAUUAAGACUUAUUACCUCAGGAAAGCCAAGAAUUUUUAUUCUAACCCGACACCCCAAUCCACAUUCUGCUGGAAAUGGACAAUGACUUUCAGUUUAAAAGCAGAUGAGGAUGAAUCUUUUUAGAUUAAGGGGGUCGAGAUUAUUUGCAGGCUCAAACUGCCACGGUUGCAUGUGUGAUCAUGCCAACAUUAACGUAACUCCAUGCUUUCUUCAAAGCAUCAUAUUGCUUCUUUGCCCCUUACCAGGCCUGAACAUAAAGCAAUAUACAAAUACCUCAACUGGCUUUUGUGAGACAUUGAUCACGUAAACUGCAGUGGUGACCAAGCUGAAGAGAAUGGGGGGGAGAAGGGAAGGUGACAAUAUCCCAGAAAAGUUCCAACUACCCUUUUUAAUGAUUAGUUUGAAUGCUGUAAUGCAGACUGAUACAAUUUCUGCACUUAAGGUUCUCUGUGGUCUUAUCAGAAGGCUGAAGCAUGAAGAUACUGAAAAAUAUUUUGAUGCUGGUGCAAGAAGAGUUUUUAUUCUCUUCCCACAAUUUUGGAGCAACUGAACGCAUGCAAAGAAGCCAGUCCUUUUUCUGCCUCAGAGAUUUGUUUACAAUGCUGUAUUUUUGAUACCUUUAGUUCUAGUGGUUCUUGCCUUGAAGCAUAGUUGAAAAGCAACCACUAAUUUGGGAUAUGCUGUUUGGUAAGAAUGUAGAACAAAAACAAUGCUGCAGCUCAUUUUUAAUCCUUGGGACUCCAUUUCAGUUUCCAUACAAGCCUAUCAUCUGCCAUGGUGUGUGUUCCUUUAGUACACUGUGAAUCCAGCCUUCAUCUCAGACAAUAACCAAGCUUCACUUCAGCAAAGUGUGGGAACAUAGUGCUAUUGGCUUUUGCCUUUUCUUUGGGGAGAAUCAAAGAAAAAAAAAGUUAUAAAAACAGAUUAGUUAGUGAAGAUGAUGCAUGUUGUUUUCAUUCAUUCAGAAAUGACCUGCACUUAUAUUGAUGUUGGCAGUAGUUCAAUAUAAAUCAGCUAAAGAUAUUUUCCUGCAUUUCUGGAAAAAGUGAUUAGAGAAAGUGAUAAGUGUCUGCAUACCAGGACACACAGUGCCACUUUCAUCAUCCUAUUUUCUUCAGAAUGAAGAACAUAUCUUAAUGAGCAGCCAGAUUGAAAACACAAACUGUAAACUAGUUACUACAGAUGCCUUAAAACUAUGCACAAAGCUAAGUGACCAAAUCUGUUUUUAUUCGGAAAAAAAGUGCAUUGUUCCCUUAUCCUUUUGCUAGUGAAAUUGUACUGCACUGUGGGCCUUGUUUGAUGUGAAAAGAUGAAUUCUUUGUAGUAUAUUUUAAACUGAAAGCAUUCCAUUUUGUAUUUUGUUUUAAAUAGGUUUUGAUCAUGUACAGUAAGCACACCUGUAUUCUGGGUUUGGCUUUUUUCAGUAAAACAAAUUGGUGCUUUCUCUUUUUUUAAAUUAAUUUGUAUUUCAAGACUGUUUCAAAAGAAUUCUGUUUACAAUUUACUGUAACAGCCAUUUCUAGGAGAUGAAGGCUUCAAUGUAAAGGCUUAGGAACAUUACCAGGUUAUUGGCAGAAUUGCCAUAAUCCAUAUUUUGAUAUUUGCCUGUUGCCGUUCAAAGUUUUGAUGAAUAAAAGAACUUGACAUACA